CUGUGACCGUUCAUCUUAUCAUCUGUUUUUUAUGUUUAUAUCUUACAACCAAAUUGUUUAUUAAACAUAUAAAUUAAAACAACCCUGUUUUUAUCAAAAAAAUGUCAGAAUGGCAUGCUUUCCAAGGAAUCUUAUAUCAAUUCACACCAAAAAUCGAUGAGGAAUUAAAUUGCCAAGAGCCCCACUAAAACUUCUCUGCUGUAACAGUAGAAUUUACAAUAGAAUCUCAUAGUGUUUAAAACAUGGAAAGCCAAAUAAUGCCCAAUACAAUCCCAGAAAGGAACGAGAGUAAAGGAGAGAUGAUUAUUCAUUAUCGAAUCAACUUUAAGUAUGUGUGUCUUUGCACAGUAACCAUUCCGCUGGCAGCUCUCGUUAUUUGUCUGGUGUCCGCUUAUAUAUUUCAGUUUGAUGAUGUACACGAGACUCAUUGCAGGGUUUUCAAUAUUGUCCCGUCAAUAAGUGCCAUUACUGGGGUAAGUCCACAAAGGUACAUAUGGAGAAUCAGCGUUGCCCUCCAUAUUGGACCAAGAGUUAUAAUAUCAGCUGUAUACAAUGCAUAUCAACUAAAAAAGAUCAAUCCUUUAGCUGAACCAAAUCUAAAAACCAAAGCUCAAUUAUGGUUAAACCUGGCAUACGUAUUAAACUUGAUUGAAACUGCAGCCCUAUGUGGAGUCACUUACAUUUCAAAUAAAGAGAAUUAUCCAAUACAUGAGAAGUUGUUUAUAAUUUUCAUGGUGAGCAGUUUGACUUACAUGGUGGCCUGUAUCCAGGGUACAAAAAUGGCAGCGGAAACCAGAAAAGAUCUGCAAUCAAUCCAGGAGGGUUUAAAGUACAAAAAGAACCUUCUGGUACUUUCGCUGUAUUGUACAGCCGGACUGGUUAUAUUUUUCCUGCAGCAUCGGUUCUUGUGCUACAGAAUGGCUUUUAGUAUGUUUGCCCUAUGUGAAUAUGUCAUAGCAGGGGCUAACAUGGCUUUCCACAUCUCAGUUAUUCUGGAUUUUCCCACUGAGGAACUGAUGGUGGGAAAAUACAUAGUUCCUAGUGAAAAAGAGUGUUCCGGAGAUACUCACCAUAAAGUAGAGUAAUUUUAAGAUCAAUUUGAGGGUGAUAAUUAUUUAAAGGAGCACAACCUGAUUUUGCAGCAAACGUAUUAGAUUUUAAUAGAGUCGAUUUUGUGAUACUAAUUGUAGGAACAAUCCUAGUCAUUUUUUUAAUUGUUUUUCUGCCAAAUAAUUCCAAUGCAACAAAAGGCUUAAGACCAUUCAGUAUCGUUUAUAUAGAGUCUAAGUAUGUAAAUAUUAAUAAAAUUUUAAAUAAUAUAUUGUGAUAUGUUUGCCAUUUUGAGAGAUGUACAGGGUUGUUUUUUAUAUUGGAUCAUAAAAAACCGCCCAGUACAUGCAAAAUUUUUGAACCAAACAUUCUUUAAAACCUUGCAUAUGACAAGAGGAAUAUUACACUAUUUAAGGCUGGCUGAUGAUACUUCCAUAAUAUAUUUAUUAAUAGAUUAGAAAUGUUUAAACAGCCAAUUUAUGCACAAUAAACCCGCUUUUCCCCAAUAAUAAUAAAUCACUAAAUUAAUGAUCUAAAGCAAUAAAUACCUACCAGAUCAAUCACACACUGUAUAGUUCUUAAAAAAAGCAAUAGUCGAGUACAAUUAAUACUCUGCCAAAUGCAUGAUCUUAAAAAAUACAUUUAAGAGGCUGUGGUUGUACUUUUUAGUGCCAGUUUGCGGAGCACGUUGACUUUGCAACAUAUGGCGAAACCCUUACAAAUUGUAUAAUAAUUAUUAUUGUCGAAUUAAAAGGAAUAAAUAAUCAAUUGCAAUCUUUA